AAACCAACUUUUCUAUUGACGGUGUUGUGGAAUUUUCGAAGAACGAAGGAGAUCAAUUAUUAGCGUUAGCUCGAUAUACGGUGGAUUGUUUGAAACCUUUGUCGCCAUUUGACCUGCAAGCUUUAUCUAUCAGUUUUUCGGAUGCUUCUUUGUGAUAUAUGUGAUUCAACAUGAACGAUGCAAAAGUCAGCGUCAGCUUUUCGUGCCAGCGAUGUCUGCAGCCAAUCCAUGUUGAUGAUACAUUUGCUAGCCUAAACGAGCAUUCGCUCGCCGAGUUGGCGUUGCCGAUCAAUGCCCACCUAGACUUAGAUUUGGAGUCGCAGUCCGUCAGCUUUGAUCAUCUGGUCAGACCAUUCCGUACUGCGGAAUCGACGAUUGAUACCAACGGCGGAUUCAUGCUUCUUUCGGACGGUCCGGACAAAGAAUCGCUUGGUCAACAUCUCCGUAUCAAAGCAGAGCUCUUUGAUGCGCUAUCGAACAACUCAGAAAUAGAUCACCCGCUUUGUGACGAAUGCACCGAUACGCUGCUAGAGUUGAUGGACAAACAACUAAAGGUGGCUGAGGAGGAAUGGAACGACUACAACAACUAUCUAAAACGGCUUGAAAUGACGGAUGAUGUCCCGGAUAUUGUGCAGCUUGAAGAGGAAUUGAGUGGGUUGAAGCGUGACGAAAGUAAACUUCUUGAAGAGUUGGCCAGUCUGUCCCGCGACGAACAAGCCAUCCGAGGAGGAGUGGAGGAGCAAGAAAAAGAAAAGCAGCGACUUGAACGAGAGGAAGAAAAAUACUGGCGCGAGUAUACGAAGCAUCGGCGGGAUGUUAUCACCACUGAAGACGAAUUCCGUUCCCUCGAGUGCCAAAUGGCGUAUGCUCAAUGUCAGCUGGAUAAACUGAAAAAAACCAACGUGUUCAAUGCUACUUUUCACAUCUGGCAUUCGGGGCACUUUGGGACGAUCAACAAUUUCCGUUUGGGACGGCUCCCAUCUGCACCGGUGGACUGGUCAGAAAUUAAUGCUGCCUGGGGCCAAACUUGUCUGCUACUAUCCGCCUUGGCGCGAAAAAUGAGUUUCAGUUUUAAGCAGUACCGCCUUGUGCCGUACGGUAAUCAUUCCUAUAUUGAACUACUUGGGGAAGGUAAGGAGCUUCCGCUCUACGGCAACGGAGGUUUCCGGUUUUUGUGGGACUCAAAAUACGACGCGGCUAUGGUUGCCUUCCUCGAUUGUUUGCAACAGUUCAAAGAAGAAAUUGUUCGACGUGAUCCGGACUUCUGUUUACCUUAUCUGAUGGAAAAAGGAAAGAUCGAAGAUGCUUCGACUGGAAGCAGUUUCUCGAUUAAGAUUCAGUUCAACUCCGAAGAACAGUGGACCAAAGCGCUGAAGUAUCUGCUCACCAACCUGAAGUGGGUAUUAACCUGGGUAUCGUCUCAAUUCAUAGAGGAAAAACGAUGAAGGAUAGAACAGCAGAUAGAAUAAACAAUUUUUGUGAGGCGAAGCCAACGUAAUAAACGUAUCAGUUAGAUACAAACUAUACACGAUUAAACAGUUGUCGUUACUCCUACAAACAUGGUUCAAAUUUUCUUGGUAACACUGUAGAGCAAAAUCUUACUUUCUAAUGUAAUUGGAGGUUUCUCAUUUCUUUUGUUUCGAUGAGAUCAGAUAACAACUCCUACAAUUCGGACGAAUAGAUAAUGCUAUAUGCUUCUUUACUGGUCUUACACUCGUAAAGUAAUGCCAGGCACUUUCUUUCCGUUCUGCGUAAAAGAAUACUACAUGUUAAAUUAUUCUAUGUAUUAUUAGUAACAAACACAAAUACAUACGGGGAAUUAUUUUUCGAAGUUGAUUAUUUAGUUUUAGUUUUUUUAUUAGCAACAAUUAGUAGUAACUGAAGAGGUAUUCGACUAAGUGUAAUUUUUACCUACUAGAAGAAACAAAGCUAUUAAGCUAUUUCGGUUCGCUAACUGUUAUUGAAAGAAUUAUACAAUCUAUCUGUACUGUUGUAACAGGAUAAACAUGAAGAAUGCAAAACAAUAUAUUACA